AUGAUAGACGCAGUUAAGGAUUAUUUAACGCCGAAGACAUUCAGUAUGUUGGCAUACCUGUGUUCGAUAAUUCACUGCCUUUGUGGCGUGGCAUUUACAGGUAUUGUUGUUACGUUGAAUGAGAGAGAGGCUGGGAGAUUUACUUGUAAUGUCGCGCCUGAAAGUACUAUGGCAUACAAGACGCAAGUCGACAAAGCAUGUUAUUCAAGAUACCAACAGAAUUAUAAUUCCCCACUACCAUUUUAUGUCUUUGUCAUACUCAGUAUUUGGUUCCCGAUUUUUGUCGCUGUUAUUUAUUCAGUAGCAGCCCGAAAUCGUGUUCAGGAAAUCGACUCGCGUCACGAACGACAAAUUGAAGACGAAGCAGAGGACCAAGGGCAGAACAGAACUUUGUAUGUUUUCUAUUUCUAUUUUGUACACCUUUUCAUCCGUUUCCUCUCUGGACUACUGUUUACUAUGCUACAGUAUGCAGUGUUUUUUCCAAGUGGUUUUGAUUUCGAGUUUGGCUGUAGUCUACCACCAAGGAAUGUGAAGAAUGUGAGUGCCAAUCAAUCUAAUAGUACACCUAUUACUUGUGAAAAUUCCAGUGCAACUGAGAAAAAUAUAUGGUGGGUCAUCGUAUCUGUAUUAAACUCUGGUUUUGCCCUAACAGUACUUGCGGAUAUGAUUUGUCUUUGCCGACGAUUGUGUAUGGUUGGUUCAUGGCGUUGCGACACCGAGUUUAUAACAGUUUAUCUAUUACGCAAGCGAUAUACAGUACCUCCUGUUGCACUGACAGGCUUUUCCGAAUGUAUAUUCUACAAACGUCAAGUUUUAGAACCUUCUCGUACAACUGACGUAAUUUAUGGACCAAAAACUGGUUUAGAUGAUUUGUAUGUUAACCUUGUUAUUCAUACUGAACGAGCUCAACAUGAAUUUGCCGAAAGAAUGGAACGCCAUGAAAUAUUCGACGUUUAUAUGCAAGUUCCCCAACACUCUAUACAUCUAAAAGAGGCAAAAGAUUUAUUUUAUCCUGAAAAAGAUACAAACGGAAAUUUUCCUCGUAAAAUUCUAGCAGUUGGUCGCCCUGGAAUAGGAAAAACUGUCUUGACUGAAAAGAUUAUGCGCGAUUGGGCUAAUGAAGUUGAUAAAUUCUAUCGUGACAUGAAAAUUGCCAUCUGCUUAAAAUUCAGAUGGUUCAAUUCAAACGAAUUGGGAGACAUGACUCUUAAGACGUUUCUUCAUUAUGGAACAGGACAGAGCGAUGAAGAAUUUGAAAGAAUUUAUGAAGAUAUACUAAAGCACCCUGAAAAAAUUAUUCUUAUUUUUGAUGGUUUGGAUGAAUUUAAUGGCAACAUCGACUGCUUAGACAACUUACCGCCUCCAAACGAUCCUAAUAUUUGCAUGUCUGGGAUUUCAUUGUUUAUGAAACUCAUUUCUGGCCACUUAUUACCAGGGGCAACGGUUUUAGUAACGAGCAGGCCUACUGCGAAUGAGUUUUACUCCCGGUUUCCUUUUGAUAGAACAGUCGAGAUUGUUGGUUUCACUUCAGAUAAAAUUGAAGAGUAUGUAAGCAAAUUCUGUGAGAAUCAUAACAGAACUGAUCUAAAACCAAUGAUAUGGAACAACAUAAAAUCCUCCUCGGACUUGUUAAAUUUAUGUUACAUUCCUGUAAAUUGCUUCAUCGUUUCGACAAUCCUGUUUAAUUGUCUUAGUGAUCCCAGGAGUGAGACCGGCGCUCUACCAACAACACUGACUGAACUUUAUGAUGCAGCCGUAACGUAUUUUGAUAAACAUCAUCACAGAAAAUUAAACGGACCGUCUUCUGUGGAAGCAAUGAAGAAACUUCAAUUAUAUGCAUACGAAGGAAUUGUACGUGGACAAUUAGUUUUCAAUGACGAACUGAUUGAUACUCAAAUGAACAGAUCAGGUCUGUUGAACUGUUUAUCUAACUCCAUUUUUCCAAUUCAAACACAAUAUUGUUUCAUUCAUUUAACUAUACAAGAAUUUCUUGCUGCAAAGCACGUGAUUGAAACGUUUGCUUCCAAAGAAAUAAGGGAAUUUCUCACCUUUAAUAUUGAAAGUGGUAAAUGCCAUUUAGUCCUUCGGUUUAUUGCUGGUCUUUUGGGCAAGAAAUUAAAGAUGUUUGAGAGAAAUCACUACGAGGAUUGUGUUUUGGCGUUUAUCAAUUUGUUGACUGUCGCUGAUGGUAAACUUGACCUUAACAGUUCAGUGUUUGUAAUAAAAUGUUUGAGAGAAACGGAUAAUGAGGACGUUGUUAAAAAUGCUUGCAAAACAACUGCGAUGAAUGACGUGAGUCUAAUAUACGCUCCCCCAGAUAAUGCCCUAAACGGCUUUACCUCAAGUGACUGGGCAGCAGUGACUUUCGUUUGCAAACACAUGAAACAACUAUCGGCAUUAGAUCUGGAUCUGUCUCAUUCAAGUAAACAAUGUCAUCUUGAAGUUAUAAAAUUGCUACAGCAAAGAUGCAUAAAAAAACUGACAUUGAUUGUCAAAGGAUUUGGCAGCAGUUACUUGGCCGUGAACCAUGUAUUUCUAACAUUGAUGAACUCAAAGUGUAUCCAGAAUCACGAGCACAGUAAGUUGACCUGGUUGGCACUUCAAUAUUGUCACAUAACCGAGCAAUGUUUAUCCACCAUAUGUGAGUUCUUUAUGAGUGGACAUGCAAGAUGUCUUCAGUGUUUACGCCUAGUGAGUGAUGAAAUAACUGCUCGUGGGGUGUCCAAACUUUGUGAAGUCCUUGACAGUGAACUUUGUCCAAAACUCACACUACUGGAUCUUCGUUUUAAUGGCAUUCUUGAUGAGGGUGUAAAAGUGUUGUGCAACGCUCUUAUUGAACACAACCUAUUUACGCUUACUCAGCUGUAUCUUAGUUAUUGUUCACUAACUGAUGAAUGUAUACCCUCCUUGUGUGACCUACUUACAGACGAACGUUGCAACCUGACCGUUUUGACGCUCUCAGGUAAUAAAGAUGUAAGUAAUGAAGGUUUACAUAUGCUGUGUGAAUCUGCUUUAAGAAAAGAGCAUUGUAACCCUGAGACGUUGUACCUGUCCGGGUGUUCAGUAACAGAUAAAUGUAUACCCGAUUUACGUAAUGCAUUACAAGAUGAACAUUGUGUGCUUAAAGAGCUGAGGUUCAGUCCGAAGAGGUUCACCCAGGAAGGCAGAGAGGACCUUGAAAUACAAACAUAUAAAAAUU